AUGUCCUAAAAAUUUAUAAAAUAUCCAUCUUCUUCAAGAUUUUAAACCUACUCAGCAAUUAAGAUCUACAUUUAGCCGAUCGUUUUGAUCCAUUUGAAAUAUGUUAAGCCGAGACUUCAUAAGGAUGAUGAUGUCAUAAAAAUCAAGGAGUGUGUUGAUAUAUUUUAGAUGAUGAUAUGA